AGAUAUGCCAGAAAGAGUGCCGAAAUAGUGUUCCAGUACAUGCCAAAAUGUCAUGGUAAGCCUGUAAAUGUAAAGGAAAACUAUGACUGUGAAUCAGAACCAGCGGGUCCUGGGUUUGCUUCUUGAAGCCACAUCCAUAUAGCACAUACCCGCAAUUUCAGCUUUCAGGUACAAGCGUUUCCCAGGUUGGCCAUGCAGCUUGAGGAGGACGCCGGCGACGACGACUGGGCCUUGGCCGUGGCCUUGCAACGGAGUGAGCGUGAGGAAAUCGAGCUCGAAGAAAUCGAGAGGACCAGACAGGAAAGCUUGCAAGACACUUUACAGAGCGGUGACAUGACUCGCAGUGAAACUGUGAAUCCACAAUUCCCAGGCGGCCCCAUUGGCGCAGCAUGCUGCUUUGGAAUGACGGUCAGCUUUGUCCGUUCGCUGUUGGGACAAAGAGCCCCUCCGCCCUCUCCAGCCAAUUUGGUGGGCCCGCCGUGUACUGCAGAAGGCUUGGAAGCGCGGUCCACAGAAGACAUGAGCGAUGAUGUGAGCAGAUCUCGAAGCACGUCUACUGCAGAUGAAGUAGCACGUCUUGAUCCAUGUGCGAUUUGCUUGGAGGAAGAACAGGGCGUCCGAUGUGACGGAAUUGGUGCUCAUAUCAUUUGCCGUGGCUGUUUACCAAAGUUGGUCGAAUCUCAACUUGAUCUGGCCGAAGGUAGUGAUCAUUGCAUGAGAGAGCGGCGGAUGUGGAGCGCUGUUGGUCAGGAGCGGUGUCCCUGCCACCUGGACGGCUGUUCUGGGGCUUUGCCUCAUGAGCAGUUGCUACUUCACUUGCCUUCUGAAACUCGAAGGCGCCUUGAGGUGGACUCCGAAGCAGCCCGAAGUUUUCUAUGCACGGAGGAGCCGCAAGAUGAAAGUGAAGACCUAGAGCGAGUACGACUUAGCUUUCUCAUGGACAUGCCAAAUGCCAAGAUGUGCGGCAGCUGCCAGCAUGGACCCAUUGACCACACUCACUGUAGUGACCUAGAUGCACACCAUGGUGAGAUGAGAGGCAACAGUCAGAUCCUAAACCAGUGCCCGAUGUGCGGAUGGCGCACAAGUGAGAUCGAUGACUGGCCUGCUUGGGAUGGUGUUCUCAGAUAAUGGGUGCCACCAACAAAAGAUUUGGAUGGCAGACUUUGGCGUGUUUGGCAGGUCCUCAGGCGGUGGGCAUGUGCAGUCAACCGCCCACCGCCCUAGGCCCUAGACCAUCCCACCGCUCGAGACUCCAACUGAUGUACCGAGAGUGAUGUUUGUCCAUCUCGAGUCGAGACAACCUUAGGGCGAGGCUCAAAAAGCUCGCUUCCCAGACAACUGUAGCAGUAGCAUUGCUGAGCGACUAAUGGACAGCCAGUGAACUUGUGUUGUUU